AGGUGAGAGAGCCCGUUCGGUAUAGGUCGAGAGGUUUGCCCUGAGCUUACAAGGAGGGCUUGCGAGUUCCUGCCUCGUCUCGCCUCUCACCGACACCAACCCGGCGGCAGCUAGGGUUUUGCGCUCCCAUAAUCUUCUCCCGAAGCCUCCCGCGCCGCCGGCGAUCCAGGUCCCCGACUCCCUCCUCCGGAUCCGGCUUUUUUUUUACUACCGGAUCUCUCUCAAGAUGCUUCCCCUCUCUCUCCUGAAGACCGCCCAGGGGCAUCCCAUGCUCGUGGAGCUCAAGAACGGCGAGACGUACAAUGGGCACUUGGUGAACUGCGACACGUGGAUGAACAUACACCUUAGGGAGGUUAUUUGCACCUCAAAGGAUGGUGAUAAGUUUUGGAGGAUGCCUGAGUGUUACAUUCGUGGGAACACGAUCAAGUAUCUUCGAGUUCCUGACGAGGUGAUUGACAAAGUUCAAGAGGAAACUUCUAAGAGUCGAUCAGAUAGGAAGCCGCCAGGUGUUGGCCGCGGAAGAGGAAGAGGAGAUAUAGGCACAAAACCUGGAGGAAGAGGUAUUGGGCGUGGUCAAGAUGAUGGUAAAGGCGGUGGCCGUGGAAGGGGUGGAAUUGGAAGUAAAGGCGGUAACAAAGGGCGUGGCCGUGGGUGAGAGGGAUCAUCAGAUGCGAGAAUGCCGCUUUUUUAAGGCCUGUGGUUGUGUUGCAUAGAUUGCUUAGGACAUGAAAAACUGUGGGGGCUAGAACCGCUGGAUUUUGUGGUAUGACUGAAAUGGUUCGUGGGUCUGAGACUGAGUCCUCGAGGAAGACAGCUGGCAGAUGACCAGUCUCUGUUCCUCAAAACAAUUUACUUGAUGUCUGGGGUAUCGGGUACGAGCAUUGUGUACUAGCCCCAACAUGUUCGUUUCCGAAGUUCUGAUCGGAUUGUUUGAGUAUUUGCUGUUUGUCCAGGUAGCUUUCUGUGCUGCUAUCUGCAGAAUUUA